UCUCUCGACCCCGCCCUUCAUUUUCCUUUUCUGCGAGCUCCAGGGUUCCCCCUCACUCUCUCUAUCUGUAGAUUUGUUUCUCUCUCUCAGAGUUUUCUCUCUGUUACUUACUCGGAUUUCCGCGCACUUUCUCGCGGUAUCUUUCUGUUUGUGCGCUCGUCCUCAUCGUCCGUGAUUCUUUGGGAUCUUAGAGUUCGCUUAGCUACAAUGGAGUUUGGCGGUGGUCGUAAAAGGGGCAGGUCCGAAGCUUCUUUGAAUGGCAAUGGCGGCCACAAGAAAUCCAAGCCAGAAAUGGAGUCCUUUCCAACUGGUAUAGGAAGCAAAUCGAAGCCAUGCACAAAGUUUUUCAGCACUUCUGGGUGUCCAUUUGGUGAGGGAUGUCAUUUCUUGCACUAUGUUCCUGGUGGCGUCAAAGUUGCGUCACAUAUGAUUAAUCUUAGUAGCACUGGCAACCAAGCUCAUCCACAGGCUCCUAGAAAUCCGGCUGUUCCAUCAUCGUUUCCAGAUGGUUCAUCUCCUCCAGCUGUCAAGACUCGUUUGUGCAACAAGUAUAACACAGCUGAAGGCUGCAAGUUUGGUGAUAAAUGCCAUUUUGCCCAUGGAGAGUGGGAGCUUGGCAAGCCAACUGCCUCAUCCUAUGAAGAUCCUCGUUCAAUGGGACCAAUGGGAGGCAGGAUGGGUGGCCGGGUUGAGCCUCACCCACCAAGUAAUCCUGUUGUGGCUAGUUUUGGAGCCUUUGCAACUACUAAGCUCAGUGUUGAUGCUUCGCUUACUGGGGCCAUCAUUGGGAAGAAUGGUGUGAAUUCAAAGCAGAUCUGUCGUGUGACGGGAGCCAAGCUUUCCAUAAGAGAGCACGAGUCAGAUCCCUCCAAGAGGAACAUUGAGCUUGAGGGCACCAUUGAUCAGAUCAAUCAAGCCACCGCCAUGGUUCAAGAGCUUAUUGUAAACGUUCGCUCAACAACCUCUGGACCUCCCUCGAGGAACCCUUCAAUGACAGGCUCUGCUCCGGCAAGCAGCAACUUCAAGACUAAGCUUUGUGACAAUUUUACUAAAGGUUCCUGCACUUUUGGGGAAAGGUGCCAUUUCGCACAUGGAGCUGAGCAAUUGCGCAAGCCAGGGAUAUGACUCGCCAUUUUGCCAUCUUUGACAACCUCUCAUCUUGUUCCUUUCUGAUCCUUGUUAGGACCAUCUCUUGUUAUAGAUUUUGGUUUUUGUUUUUAAGAUUGUACUUUCUGAUUUUUCUAGGUCAUAAUGUUUUUUGAACUUUAUUAUGUUUGGCUUUUUGGCUUCU